CAUGGCGGGUUGUCCAAGCCUGAGCUUACCAGGGCUGUUUGUGCUCCUAAUCGCUGCAUCCCUAACACAUGGCCAAACCUGCCCACAGCGCUGUGACUGUAUCCCUCAUCAGAGAGCCGUGAUGUGCCAGAACAAGCGUAUUGGCUCUAUUCCUGGAGGCAUCCCUACUGACACACGGCUGCUGGAUCUGAGCUGCAACAGUUUGCGCUGGGUGGAAUACAAUGACUUGGCGACUCUGUCGAGACUUGAGGAGCUAGACUUGAGCGAGAAUCUCAUCAGUGUGUUGGAGCCUAAUGCUUUCUCCAGCUUGCUUAACCUGAGAGUGUUGCGUCUGCGAGCCAACCAGCUUAAACUCGUGCCCAUGGGUGCCUUUUCACGUCUCAGCAACCUCACCACUCUGGACCUAAGUGGGAAUAAACUGGUCAUCCUGUUAGACUUCACCUUCCAGGACUUGAAGAACCUCCGCAAUUUGGAGGUCGGUGAUAAUGACCUGGUGUACAUUUCAAACAAGGCUUUCAUAGGAUUGGUGGGGCUCCGGGAGCUUACCAUUGAGAGGUGCAAUCUGACCUCUAUAACUGGACAGUCUCUUUCCUACCUUCGCAGCUUGGUGACCCUUCGAUUACGCUACCUCAGUAUCGCUUCAUUGGAAGAGCAGAACUUCCGCAAACUUGGUGGACUGCGGGGUCUUGAGAUUGACCACUGGCCGUUCCUUGAGUACAUCUCUCCUCAUAGCUUCCAAGGUCUCAACCUUUCUUGGCUCUCGAUUACCAACACCAACAUUUCCACCGUGCCUACGGGUGCUCUUCGCAACCUAAUUCACUUGGCUAGCCUCAAUCUGUCUUACAACCCCAUUUCAGUUCUCGAGUCCUGGGCCUUGCGGGAUCUUGUCCGCUUGAAGGAACUGCACCUAGUUGGUACAAACCUGAUAUUAGUACAACCGUACGGUCUUGGAGGCCUGCAACAGAUACGAUUGCUCAACUUGUCAAACAAUGGAUUAGUGACCCUGGAGGAAGGAUCCUUCCACUCGGUCAACACGCUGGAGACGUUGUGUGUAGAUGGAAACCCUUUGUCCUGUGAUUGCCGCCUACUGUGGAUCCUGCAGCGCCGGAAGACCCUCAACUUUGACAAAAAGUCACCUGUUUGCGCCACACCCAUGGAACUGCGAGGAAAAGCACUCAGUACCUUCUCGGACUCUGCACUCUUUGACCAUUUCAUCUGUCAGCGGCCUAAAAUUCGCAACCGCAAACUGCAGCAGCUGACAGCACGUGAAGGCCAGGUGGUGUCAUUUGUAUGUCGAGCGGAAGGAGACCCAACUCCGGUCAUCUUUUGGAUUUCACCUCAGCGCCGACGUAUCACCACCAAAAGUACUGGGCGAGUGAUUGUCCUACCUGAAGGUACUCUGGAGAUCCGUUAUGCCCAGGUAACAGACAGCGGGACUUAUAUCUGCAUUGCAAGCAAUGCUGGUGGCAACGAUACCUACUUUGCCACCCUAACAGUCAGUGGAUUGCCAUUGGAUGGUGCUUUGGCAGCCAAUCGCACCUAUUAUGUGGGUGAUCUUAAUGACACGAAUUUAAACGACACACGUGUCUUCCUAAAAUUCACAUUGGACCUCAAGACCAUCCUGGUGUCCACAGCAAUGGGCUGCAUCAUGUUUUUGGGUGUUGUGCUUUUCUGUUUCAUUCUCUUGUUUGUGUGGAGUCGAGGGCGAGGUCAGCAUAAGAAUAAUUUCUCAGUUGAGUAUUCAUUCAGAAAGGUAGAUGGUCCCGCUGCCAGCGGGGGUCAAGGAGGGGCACGAAAGUUCAACAUGAAGAUGAUAUAAAAUGGGCAUACUGUCAGUUUAAAGGAGUUAAACGCACAUUAUUGUUAUUUCAAACUGAAAUACAUUUCUAAUACCAGUCCUGCAUAUGACUAUGGGUUUGGAUUUUAAGACACAGAGGGUUUUAAUGGGAGCAAUGAAUAAUGUAUUUGCUGAGGGGUGCUUUCCAUCAGCAGCUAUUUAUAAUCUAACCUUACUUUUGGUGUCUUGGGAUAUUUUACAUAUUUAUUAAGACAUUUAUGAUGAAUUACAUACUUCCAGCUGGCAUUAGGUACCCGUUUUAAACUUUCUCAUGUGAGAAGGCCAAGCUUGUAGGGAUAUAUAAUGACCAUUAAAAAUACUCCCAUGCAAUUUCCUACAGAACAUGUCAUUCUAAAAUGAAAGUUUAAUUAUGCUCUUAAUAUUAUAGAGGUUGUUGUGAGAAAAGUCCCGAAUGAUGUAGAUUAUAAUUAUUUAAAGAGUUGCUUUCUGCUUGCCAAGAAAUUGCCAAUGCCCUCAAAAGUUAAAAAAUUGUACAUUAUUACAUUUUGCAAGGCAAUUUAAUUUAUAUGCUCAAUAGUUUGUAGGCAAUAAAGCGGGCAUACACUUCACACUGCCAAUUUAACAAGGAUUUGUUGUUGGAUUAGCCCCAAAUCUAAGCCUGUGAACCACUUUGUUGGAAACAGGAGAUGCUAGAAGACUGUUUAAAAAGUUAAAACUGUUUAAUUAUUUCUUACUUAAAAAGUUAGUUGAUAUAGUUUGCUAUGGAUAAUAAGGCUACCGAGUGCUUCUAUAUUACACUGCCACCUACUUCUGAGUCAUGCCUGCAUAAAGUUACACACACACACACACACACACACACACACACACACACACACACACACACACACACACACACACACACACACACACACA